GUUCCUUAGGUUCCCGGAGGUGAGGCCUAAGCACUGCGCCUGCGCAUGUCAGGGGCGUGGCCUAGCGGACCAGGGCAGGAAAACUGGCAAAGCUGGAGCUGGAUCACGAACUGGAGUAGCCUCCGGGCCGCCGCCGCUGGACCAUCCCACACCCCGCUAGGCGGGGGCGACCGCGGGACUAGCCGAGGAGGAGAGUACUGGAAACAACCAUUGUUCCCCUGGGGCAUCUUCUCUGGAUCAAGCUAUGGUGAAAGAUGUUUCGCAAAGGCAAGAAGAGACACAGCAGCAGCAGUUCCCAGAGCAGUGAAAUCAGUACAAAGAGCAAGUUAUCUGUGUAUAUAUGAGAGAUGUUAUCUGCAGAUGAAUUUGAUUGCCAAAAAGUCUAAAAGAAGCCACUGGAGCCCUGAAGCUGGAGUUAUGUCUGUGGAUUCCAGCCUUGGUGGGCUUUCAAGAUCCAGCACUGUUGCCAGCCUUGAUACAGACUCCACUAAAAGCUCAGGACAAAGUAACAGCAAUUUAGACACAUGUGCUGAGUUCCGAAUAAAGUAUGUUGGUGCCAUCGAGAAACUGGCCGUGUCCGAGGGGAAGAGCCUUGAAGGACCACUAGACCUGAUAAAUUACAUAGACGUCGCCCAGCAAGAUGGAAAGUUGCCUUUUGUCCCCAUGGAAGAGGAGUUUAUUCUGGGCGUUUCUAAGUACGGCAUAAAAGUCUCGACCACGGAUCAGCAUGGUGUUCUCCAUAGGCAUGCCCUGUACUUAAUCAUCCGGAUGGUGUGUUAUGAUGAUGGCCUGGGAGCUGGGAAGAGCUUGCUGGCGCUCAAGACCACAGAUGCAAGCAAUGAAGAAUACAGCCUGUGGGUUUACCAGUGCAACAGCCUGGAGCAAGCCCAAGCAAUCUGCAAGGUCUUAUCCACAGCGUUUGACUCCGUGUUGACCUCUGACAAGUCCUGAACUCUGCAGGCAAGUGGAAACUGACCCACCAAGAACUCACCUGUUCCUACAUCCGUCUGCAGCCGUGGACUGUUUGAGGGUGUAACGCCCUGUUUUCUAAAGUGUAAUGUAUAAAAUAUUGGUUUUAUACUAAAAGGUGUUGUUAACAGUAGGUCCACAUCCAAUAAAUUGCCUGCUUUCUGGACGAAUGAGAAA